UUUAACAGUCCUGACAUGGAAACCCCAUUGCAGUUCCAGCGCGGCUUCUUCUCAGAGCAGCCGCCACGCUCCUCACACCUGCAUUGCCAGCAGCAGCAACAGAGCCAGGACAAGCCGUGCCCGCCCUUCGCGCCCCUCCCGCACCCUCACCACCACCCGCACCUCGCGCACCAGCAGCCGGGCAGCGGCGGUAGCAGCCCAUGCCUCCGGUGCAACAGCUGCGCCUCCUCCGGUGCCCCCGUGGCGGGGGCGGGGGAUAACCUGUCCCUGCUGCUCCGCACCUCCUCGCCCGGCGGCGCCUUCCGGACCCGUACCUCCUCGCCGCUGUCAGGCUCGUCGUGCUGCUGCUGCUGCUCGUCGCGCCGGGGCAGCCAGCUCAAUGUGAGCGAGCUGACGCCGUCCAGCCAUGCCAGUGCGCUCCGGCAGCAGUACGCGCAGCAGCCGGCGUCCGCCUCCCAGUACCACCAGUGCCACAGCCUGCAGCCCGCCGCCAGCCCCACGGGCAGCCUCGGCAGCCUGGGCUCCGGGCCCCCGCUCUCGCACCACCACCACCACCCGCACCCGGCGCACCACCAGCACCACCAGCCCCAGGCGCGCCGCGAGAGCAACCCCUUCACCGAAAUAGCCAUGAGCAGCUGUAGGUACAACGGGGGCGUCAUGCGGCCGCUCAGCAACUUGAGCGCGUCCCGCCGGAACCUGCACGAGAUGGACUCGGAGGCGCAGCCCCUACAGCCCCCCGUGGCUGUCGGAGGAGGUGGCGGUGCGUCCUCCCCGUCUGCAGCCGUGGCCGCCGCCGCUUCGUCCUCAGCCCCGGAGAUCGUGGUUUCUAAGCCGGAGCACAACAACUCCAAUAACCUGGCGCUCUACGGGGCCGGCGGCGGAGGCAGCACUGGAGGCGGCGGCGGCGGCGGCGGCAGCGGGCAUGGCAGCAGCAGUGGCACCAAGUCCAGCAAAAAGAAGAACCAGAACAUCGGCUACAAGCUGGGCCACCGGCGCGCCCUGUUCGAGAAGCGCAAGCGGCUCAGCGACUACGCGCUCAUCUUCGGCAUGUUCGGCAUCGUGGUCAUGGUCAUCGAGACCGAGCUGUCGUGGGGCGCCUACGACAAGGCGUCGCUGUAUUCCUUAGCUCUGAAAUGCCUUAUCAGUCUCUCCACGAUCAUCCUGCUCGGUCUGAUCAUCGUGUACCACGCCAGGGAAAUACAGUUGUUCAUGGUGGACAAUGGAGCAGAUGACUGGAGAAUAGCCAUGACUUAUGAGCGUAUUUUCUUCAUCUGCUUGGAAAUACUGGUGUGUGCUAUUCAUCCCAUACCUGGGAAUUAUACGUUCACAUGGACGGCCCGGCUUGCCUUCUCCUAUGCCCCAUCCACCACCACCGCUGAUGUGGAUAUUAUUUUAUCUAUACCAAUGUUCUUAAGACUCUAUCUGAUUGCCAGAGUCAUGCUUUUACAUAGCAAACUUUUCACUGAUGCCUCCUCUAGAAGCAUUGGAGCACUUAAUAAGAUAAACUUCAAUACGCGUUUUGUUAUGAAGACUUUAAUGACUAUAUGCCCAGGAACUGUACUCUUGGUUUUUAGUAUCUCAUUAUGGAUAAUUGCCGCAUGGACUGUCCGAGCUUGUGAAAGGUAUCAUGAUCAACAGGAUGUUACUAGCAACUUCCUUGGAGCAAUGUGGUUGAUAUCAAUAACUUUUCUCUCCAUUGGUUAUGGUGACAUGGUACCUAACACAUACUGUGGAAAAGGAGUCUGUUUGCUCACUGGAAUUAUGGGUGCUGGUUGCACAGCCCUGGUGGUAGCUGUGGUGGCAAGGAAGCUAGAACUUACCAAAGCAGAAAAGCAUGUGCACAACUUCAUGAUGGACACUCAGCUAACAAAAAGAGUGAAAAACGCAGCUGCCAAUGUACUCAGGGAAACAUGGCUAAUUUACAAAAAUACAAAGCUAGUAAAAAAGAUAGAUCAUGCAAAAGUCAGAAAACAUCAGCGGAAAUUCUUGCAAGCUAUUCAUCAAUUAAGAAGUGUAAAAAUGGAGCAAAGGAAAUUGAAUGACCAAGCAAAUACAUUGGUGGACCUGGCAAAGACCCAGAACAUCAUGUAUGACAUGAUUUCCGACUUAAAUGAAAGGAGUGAAGACUUUGAGAAGAGGAUUGUUACCCUGGAAACGAAAUUAGAGACUUUGAUUGGUAGCAUCCACGCCCUCCCUGGGCUCAUAAGCCAGACCAUCAGGCAGCAGCAGAGAGAUUUCCUCGAGGCUCAGAUGGAGAACUACGACAAGCACAUCCCUUACGAUGCUGAGCGGUCCCGGUCCUCGUCCAGAAGGCGGCGGUCCUCCUCUACAGCGCCACCAACUUCAUCUGAGAGUAGCUAGAAGAGAGUCAGUUAACCACAAAAUAAGACUUUUUGCCAUCAUAUGGUCAAUAUUUUAGCUUUUAUUGUAAAGCCCCUAUGGUUCUAAUCAGCGUUAUCCGGGUUCUGAUGUCAGAAUCCUGGGAACCUGAACACUAAGUUUUAGGCCAAAAUGAGUGAAAACUCUUUUUUUUUUCUUUCAGAUGCACAGGGAAUGCACCUAUUAUUGCUAUAUAGAUUGUUCCUCCUGUAAUUUCACUAACUUUUUAUUCAUGCACUUCAAACAGACUUUACUACUACAUUAUAUGAUAUAUAAUUAAAAAAAAGUUAAUUUCUGCACAUACUUGUUUGGUCACUUGACAUUUCUAAAGGUUCA